GGCGGGACGCGGGCCCGGCCGGUUCAAAGAGGGCGGCGGCGGUUCGGCCGGCCGGGCUUCGGCGGUUCCGGUGCGCGGGGGCAGCCGAGCAGCAGCAGCAGCUGGCGGGCGAGAGGCCUAACGCGCAGGACAUGCAUCCCUUCGAGGAGGAGCUGACCUGUUCCAUCUGCUACGGCCUCUUUGAAGAUCCUCGCGUCCUGUCCUGUUCCCACACCUUCUGCAGGAGCUGUCUGGAAGGCGUCAUCCAGGCGUCGAGCAACUUUUCCAUUUGGAGACCCCUGCGAAUUCCCCUCAAGUGCCCCAACUGCAGGAGCGUCUCGGAAAUCCCUGCCGGCGCUGUCGAGUCGCUGCCCAUCAACUUUGCCGUCAAAGCCAUCAUCGAGAAAUCCCGGCGAGAGGCUCCGGCCUGCACUGCCACCUGCAGCCAGCACAGCAGGCAGCCCCUCAACAUCUACUGCCUGCUGGACAGGAAGCUGGUCUGCGGCCACUGCCUCACCAUAGGAGAGCACCACGGGCACCCCAUAGAUGACCUCCACACUGCCUACCAAAAGGAGAAGAGGACUUCCAGCCAUCUGCUCCAGCAGCUGACCGAUAGGUACUGGACUGAUGUGUGCUUGCUGCUGGAGAAGCUGAAGGAGCAGAAGGCCCAGUGUGAGAGUGUGGUGAGGGGGGAUCGAAUGGCAGUGGUGCAGUACUUCAGGAAGCUCAGCGACACCCUGGAGGACAAGAAGCAGGCUCUGCUGAUGGCGCUGGAAGAAGCCAAGGCUGACGUGGUGGUGAAAUAUGACCCUCUGAUCCAGCACUUGGAAAAAAUGCGGGAAGAGCAGCUGGAGCUGAUGUCCCUCAACACGGCUGUGCAAAGGGAGGAGUCCCCACUCAUCUUCCUGGAGAAGAUGGGGGACAUGCAGCAGCGUGUGAAAGCCUUGAGGGAGAGGCAGCUGCCGCAGGUGGAGCCCAUGGAGGUUCAUCCUAGGAUUGGGCACCUGCUGAAAGAUGUGUGGUCAAAAACUGAGCUGGGGCAGAUCAACAAGAUCCCGACUCCAAAAGUCAAGGUGGUCCUGAAGAGGAAGCUGCGCAGCAGAGGUGGUGGCCGGAGGGCAGGCCGAGAAGUGAAGGAGCAGCUGCAGGCUGUGAACCCUGUGGUGCAGCUGCUGCUUGUGAUGACAGCAAUGGUGGGGCUCUCCCUUUACCCACCUGUGUCCUCUCUGCUGUUUGAAGCUGCUCCCCUGUAUCUGUCUGAGGUGCUGCUGCCUGUCUGUCAGGGUCUCCACUCCCACUGGCAGGCUGUGGCUGUUGAGCUGUGCAACAGAUUUAACUUGCUGAUGGAGUUUGUGGGGAGAGCUGCUUCCUUUCAGCUCUUCCAGUGAGGAGAUGAAAAGCUAAGGGAGGGAACCUCAGGGUAUUAUUGCAGUCAUAAUUUCUACCUAAAAAGCUGAAGUACCCAAGUUCUGCUUUUCCUUCCUAUUUCCAUCUCCUUGUUCUGUGCUGUAUGGAUUUUUUCUUGGCUUAUUCUUCAACGUGACAACAAACAGGCUGCUUCUCCUGCUCACACACCGACAGAGCUUGGCAGGAGUCAGUUUAAACAAGAAGCUGGUCAGAAGCAAUCUCUGCCAAAGGUUCCCAGGUUGUCAUCUGGAGCCAUGUUCCCUUUGGGAACAUGAUUUUAAAGUGUUUCUUUUAGGUUGAGUGGUGGUGUGGUUUGGUUUUAAAGUUUUUAAUCAAAGCACAACACUAAAGGUUACAAAAGGCUGAAAAUGGAGUCUGGGAGGGGUGACUCAAGUUUUAGCUGUAGCUAAAACUUACAUCUGGUGUUUUGCUGGUUCUGGAUUUCACUUGGUGUGGUAGCAGUUACUGGUGGAGGAUGUGACUGCAGCAUUUCAUGUCAUGAAAAUGGACAGGUUCUGAGGUAAGCAGCAAAACUGGAGCCAGUGGUGAAUGGAUCCAGCUGUUGCCAAGCUGCUUUAAGAGCUGUUGAGGAAGAAGGGAAAGGUAUCUUCAGCUUCUCAGCACAAGGAGCAGGGGGCUCAAAGAAGAGGAAACACAACAGCAUCAUAUCCUGCAAUCCAUCAGUCACCAUCACACUUCCAGGACUCCAGUCUAAGGUGUGUUCAGGAGUGAAACCCCCAAAGGGAGUCAUUGUGGAUUUUGAGUGCUGAGGAGGCUGGUGGCAGCCUGGGAGAGCUGCAGUUACAACAACAGAGCACAGCCGAGCUUAUCUUCCCUGAAAGCUCCCCAAAAGCAGUGUUUGCCAUGGCUCAUGGUAAUACCAGCAGCACAGUGCAGCACAGCAGCGCUUCUGGCUGGUUGUGAAUAGCAGCAGUUGUAGGAGGAGUGGCUCAAUUCUGGGCCUUUUGGGGGUUUUAAACCCUUGUGCACCCCAAAACCUGCCCGGUGCUAGCAGCAGGUGCUUACUGGAGCCCUGCAAAGUGCCUCUUGCUGCCUGCCUCGGACCUGAGAGCCAGGUCAGCGCUGAGGGGUGACACUGACAAGGUACUCCAGCCUGCCUGACUCUCCUGACAGCGAUCCAGAGAGCACAGGGCUGCUGCCUCCAGCCAGCCAGCUCCCCUUUGGCAGCUCAGACGUGGGGCUGCUCAGGGCUGGCUCAGGUAGGAGUCAGCAGAGCACUACCCAGGAUUUCUGUGUCUUCUGUCUGUCAUCUUGGAGAGUUCCAGAAGCAGAUCCCACCGAUCCCACUGAUUCUGCUUUCGAGAUGGACCCCAGGCCCAGGUAAAUGCUGUCUCAUGGAUUUUCCAGGCAAGGUGGUAAUUUGCUGCAAGGUUGUCACCUGGCACAUCAGUCCCAAAGCCUGGUGCUGUCUGUCUGUCCACUGCCCCCUCAGGCUUCUGACUUGCCUGCUUUCUGUUUUCCUGCCUUUUCACCACUUGCAGAGUUCCCGUUAUUUUUUGAGGUCACAGAAGUUUUCACAAAGCCUUUGCUACUAAUGGGAAUGUUUACUACUUGUACUGUUCUCUCUUUUAAGGAAAUGGUAUACAAAUAAAAGCUAUUCUUUCAGCA